GCCAGAACCCUUCCAGUGGUGGGGAAAAAGGAAAAAGGAGCAUCUGCAGGUUCUUUGCUGCAGUAAAAAAAUUGCAUUUUGCUUUGCCUCAAGCGGAGGAAUCUGUGUUUUUUGUUUUUCUUUCCUUUUUCGUCCGGCUUGGUGAUGACAUAUUAGGAAAGAUGAUCGUGAUGGAGGUGGAGAGAGUGAUGAUGGGAGAGGGAGACAUGAUUGUUAAACUGGAUGACGAAGCGGAAGCGGAAAUACAGCGGGAGCUGGAUGCAUUGGAGGAUAUCGGCGCUGAUGAAGAAGACACAUACUUUCAAAAUGGGUCAUAUCCAGUGGUUGGAGGCGGCGUCUGGGGUCCAGAUCCAGAUGAGAAUAGCUCUGUCAAUGGUGAAGAGGAGGAGGACAACAUGGAUGCUGACGUCUUACGGGGGACAAAGCCUGGGAGCUGUUGGCACUUGCUGCACCAAUUGAUGACAAGAUGGAAGGAAAGAGAAGUGAAACUUCAGGAAUUUGAGGACGAUAUGCAUCAACUAAGGGAUCAGGUACUCAGCAGCAAUACCCACUGUUCACAAGAGGGGCAAGUUUGCAAAACCAUGAGUGAGAUUAAGAGCGGUGGGACUGGAAUGAGGAGCUUCGCCAACCACCUCGGAGAUGGUCACGAUGAUGUCACGUUCCAAUCAGGAGAGGAAACCAAUCGGAGCAUACGAGAAGAUGCUGCCACUCGCGACAAUGCGCGAGAACAAAGCCGGAGCGACGACAGCAGCGGGGCUGCCACCACGACGGUCACCAAUCACCUUGGAGAUGGUGAUGAUGUCGUCAGAUCAGCGAAGGAAACCAAUUGGACUGCACAAGAACAUACCGCCAUUCGCGAUGAUGCGAGAGAGCAGGGGGAACACGCUUACGGUGAUCGAAACUAUUGGAACCAUUGUGUUGACGACAAGCGCACCGUUGACGGUUCCGAUGGCUCGAAGACUCCAGGCAUGUGCGUCCCGUGCGAUCCUAUGGAUACCUUGAAGGAGGAGAUUGGCUGUGGCCUCUCCUCUCACCCUUCUAGCAAGGUUGGCUCUUCACGAAUUCCUUCCGCCAGCCUUCAAGAAUCUCAACACAUGACACAACCUGACUUUCCGGCCAAUCCACAGAGGAAGGGUCAUGAUAUCUGUGUGGUUGACCAGAGUGGAGGCCACCUUUGUUCUGUUGACCCCCCUUGCUCUCCAUCUGACCCACAAGAGCCCAUAAAGGGGGUCUUGCCCAUAAAGGGGGUCAUUUUGGAGGGGCCUGAUUGUCCUCGACUUCUGUCGGCAGCUUCGGCCACGGGAAUUCCUUACACGACCGAGGUGAGAGAAAGGACAGAAGUUUCUUCUUCGCUGGAUAACAUCGGUAAGCGCUACUGCGAGUUUAACGUAGCGAGAUCACCGGAUGACAAGGACAAUUUUUCUGGGGAAAGACGAACAGCCCGAGCAGAGCGAGACGUGUUCCUAGAGGACUAUUAUGCUGCCGAGGCGGAGAGAGAAGCGAAACGGGAGAUGGACAGAAAAAGAAGAGAAGAAGAAACCCUGCAGCAUAUCGCUGAUGCCGCUGCCAGAGAUAAAAAACUUGAGAGGACGCCGAAAAGGCACGUCUGUUGGCAAUUGAACAGCAGCGCCAGCAAGACGAGGCAGCAGCAAAGACUGCUGAUGAAGAACGACUUCAACGACGCAAGAAGAUAUUCGGCGGAGAGUGAGCCUUGCUCAAAAUGGCAGCGGACUGGCGGGCCGAGGCCGAGAAUGGGAAGAUGGAACAGAGCGAAAACAAGAUCGCUCUACUCCUCUCCCAUCUCACGGACCUCCUGGCCACGUGCAUCGCACAGCAGGAGGACAUUGACAACCUCGACGACGCGGCUCAGACGCACAAUCAGGUGUUUGACCAAUUCAACAGCCGCCUCCAGCAGCUGGAACAAACCGUCGCCACCCCCGUUGCCAGCUCUUCCAACACCUCCGAUCGCCUCGAGGCAUUGGAGAUUGACGUCGGAUCCCUCAAGGACGACUCCAAGGUUCGAUGAUCAGGAGAUCUUUUGCGACUCGACAAAGACGGACCCAAUUCCAUGGUUCUGCAAGUUCGAGCUCAAGUUGCAGCUCCACCUCGUCAGCGAGCACAAGCAUCACGCGUACUUAUACUCCCGCUCGAGGGGCGCGUGCCAAGCGUGGUUGGACAAUCUGUUGUCCAAGUACGGAGUGGUAGCUGCCGACUUGCAUACCAAGAUCAGCUGGGAUGAUCUAAAGGCAGCGUGGCAUAAGCAGUUUCAAGUAGAGCCACUGGAGAUCAAGGCAAUGGACAAGUUGAUGGUCUUCGAACAAGGCACACUGCCGAGUGUUGACUGGAUUGCCGAGUACCAACGCUUGACAUCCGUCCCAGACAUUCAAAUGGGCUUCAAGGCCAUCAAAAACUACUUCAUCUCGAGGUCGUAUCCGGCGUUGGGCAAUGCCUUGACUCACGUCGAGGACACCCUGACGACACCGGCGGAGCUCUUCGACAAGGCCGCGCAGAUUAUUGUCACGAACAAGGAGGCUAAGAACCUCCACCGUUCGUCUGCGACAGGCCCGAGCAGAGAUCAGCAUCGGUCGAAAGUGGCCGUGGUCGUGGCGGCAAUGCCAAUCGACCAAACUAGCGAGGCCAUGUCUGCCAAUGAAGGGGACAAGCUCGCAGCCGCCCAGGAUGGUGGCCGCCGCGACAAAGGCCGAGGAUGCGGCAAGCCGAAGACAAACAUUGCAUCUAGCCGCAGUGGGCUGCCCGUCGAAAGGCAAGGGCAAAUCGGGAAACUGAGCACUGCCGGGAGUGAGUCGACGACACUCUCGACACCUUCGGAACUGGUCGCUUCGCGGGUGAUCGCCCUUUGUUCCGAGGCACACGCGGAAGUCGAUUUUCCUCCUCUUCUAUAUUCUUAUGAGGACUAUGCUGCCCGGCUCGUUCCUACGCUGGGUAUUCAUGCUCAAGGACAAGACGUGUGUGCGGCAUCUUCUCCGUUCGGCAGCGGUGACUUAUCGUCUUCAGGUGGUUCUUCACGAGAUUCGGCGCGCGAGUUCAACAUAGAGGUAUUGGACCCGCUCACGUCCGAGCAUUGCGCAUGGCUUCCUCUCUCGACCAGGGGUCGCUUGCCGGGACCGCAAUGCGCAACAUUAUGCGCUCAUCUUCACACGUACUUAUCCUUCUAUGCACCACCAACUUCGCCGACGGAUGACGAAGUCGCGGUGGGGGACAUCCUUGCGUAUGUUACCAAGGUGGCCCGCGAGUUUCACAAUCAGCGGUACGACGACAACAACACACCGCUCCUCUAUGUCCGCAUCCAAGUUGGGCAAGCGUCCUGCAGCGCUUUGCUGGAUAGCGGCGCGGCUCGCAAUUUUAUGAGCCAAGCCUUCAUGCAAAGGGCUGGCCUUGGCGCACAAGUUCAGAGGAAGGCAAAGCCGACGACGAUAAAGUUGGCGGACGGAAGGACGCAGCAACUUAUCGACCGCUACAUCGAGGCCAUACCGGUGUAUUUCGCACCUCAAUCACGCGAACCGGUGACGUUCGACAUUUUGGACACGGACUUCGACAUUAUUUUGGGAAUGCCUUGGCUUGCAACUGCAGAUUACACGGUCAACUUCCACCGGCGGACUCUUACCGUUCGGGACGCCUUCGGCGCCGAAGUGCCGUGUACUAUUCCUCUUCCGCACACUUCGAUUCGGUGCCAAGUGGUGACGGCCAAGUCAUUCCGGGCUACUUGUGCUUACGAGCAGCCCGACGAAAUCGGCCUAUGCUUCCUACGGACCGUCGCGGUAGCCGACUUUUCACCAACGGACUUGUCUUCGGACUCCCGUGUGGUGCGGUUGCUUGACGAGUUCGCCGACAUCUUCGAGUCACCUACCGGUAAGGUGCCGGAUCGGCUGAUCUCUCACAAGAUCAUUCUUGAGGCUGGUGUCGUGCCGCCGAAAGGUUGCAUUUAUCGCAUGAGCGAGGAGGAGCUUACGGUCCUCCGUGCGCAACUCGAUGACUUGUUGGACAAGGGCUGGAUCCACCCUAGUAGCUCUUCGUACAGAGCGCCAGUUCUCUUCGUACGGAAGAAGAACAAAGAUCUACGAUUGUGCAUCGACUACCGCAAGCUCAACGCGCAAACCGUCAAGAAUGUGGGGCCUCUUCCUCGCAUCGACGAUCUUCUUGAGCGAUUGGGCUGCGCGAACAAGAAAGUGCCCGUCAUGCACUCCAUUGAUAAUGCAUCGAAGAAGGAGCUCCUCGCCUUCGUCCACGCGCUCAAGCGGUCCCGACAGUUCCUCCUUGGUCGAAGUCAAUUCCGAUGGGUGACGGACAACAAUCCGUUGGUCUUCUACAAGACCCAAGACACCGUCAAUAGCACCAUCGCCCGUUGGAUGGCUUUCAUCGAUCAAUUUGACUUCUUUCCCGAUCACGUUCCGGGGAAGUCUAACCGUUUUGCGGAUGCUCUUUCACGGCAUCCGGAUCAUUGUACCGCAGUCUACUCGACCAUUGAGAUCGGCGACGACCUGCAGGACAGCUUCAUCCGCGGCUAUCAAGCCGACCCCGAGUUUCGCGACAAGUACGCGAAUUGCUCCUCUCCUAAUGUGGCGCCUUCUCACUACCGGAUCCAAGAGGGGUACUUGCUUAUCCACACACGGGGGAAGGACCUUCUUUGUGUACCGAGUGACCCUCACUUGCGUACACGGCUUCUUGGCAAGUUCCACGAUGCUCCCGCCACCGGACACUUUGGAGUCAAUCGCACGAUUGGCCGACUUCGCGAGCAAUUUUGGUGGCCUGGCCUUCUCGGUGACGUCACACGCUAUUGCGAGUCAUGCGAGUUCACCAUGUUUUUGCCUUGCCGCUAUCAUGCCACGGCACCGGAGUUGGCCGAGGUUCUUUACGGCGGUUGGAUUCGAACCAAGGGUUAUCCCAAGGAAAUCGUCUGCGACCGCGACACUCGGUUCAUGUCCGAUUUUUGGUUGGCGCUCAUCAAACGAUGGGGCUCAUCUCUCAAGCCAAGUUCGGCUUGCCACCCCCAAACUGAUGGCCAAACGGAAAAGGCGUAUCAGAACGCACAGGUUCUCCUUCGCACUCUCAUCCGUCCCGACCAAAAGGAUUGGGUUGAGCAGCUGCCGGAUGUCGAGUUGGCAUACAACUCGUCCAUCCACCCGGCUAUCGAGAUGUCGCCUUUCGAGUUCGAGGACGGCUCGCUGGUCACUUCGUUGUUGGACACAAUCAUUCCACGAACGGCCGAGAGCGACGACCAUCUUCGUUUCUUGCGUCGGAUGCAAGAGCUACUUGUCAAGGCACGCGACCAGAUGGCUAAGAUGCAACAACGCAUGAGCCAACAGGUCAAUUGCCAGCGUCUUCCUUGCCCAUUCUGCGCUGGCGAUCUCGUUUGGGUUUCCGCCGCGGAGUUCGGCCUUGAACAAGAUCUCUCUCGCAAGCUCCUCCCGAAAUGGAUGGGACCCUGGCUGAUCAUGGUACCCGCUGGGGAUGCACCAGAAGGACCUUCUUUCACCAUUGAGGUGCCCGCCCACUUGCCCGUCUACCCGGUCUUUCAUUGCUCCAAGUUGGCUCUUUACACGCCAGCAGAACACGACGAUUUUCCCGGACGACAAUCACAAGACCCACCCUCUAUGGACGGUUUUCAAGAGAUCGACGACAUCAUCUCCCAGCGACGCUACGGCAACAGGCCAAUCGAGUACUCGGUACACUUUACGUACUGCACUCACAAAGCUGACCGUUGGUUGACCCGUACGGAACUCCAAUCAACAGCUUCGGAUAUUCUCGCACGCUACGAACGCAAGAUGCAAGGCAAGCCGGGGGUUGAAGACCGCCUGAAGAAGUCUAUCACGGCUGUGGUGGUUGUGGCAGCCAGUACAGAUGCCUCCAAAUUGAUUGCACAGGGGCGACAGGCUCUAGACCAGUUUGCUUUGAAGCAACUGGAAGAGAUUAUGGAUGCUACUCGUAAAGGGGAGGCGAAACCAGAAGGAGAAGAAGAACAAGAAGAGAAGAAGGAGAAGAAAGAAGUAAAGAAGUUGAUGGGGGACGCAAUAAAGUCUGCUGGUCCCGUGAUAAAGACAACGAUUAAUGGAAAUGGAUCAAGUCAACCAUCUACUCCUCACUCUUCUCAUUCUUCUAAGUCUACUCCUAAAGGAACUCUACAAAAGAUAAGCGCGAAACCCAAAAAACCAAGGAAGAAAGAAAAGGUGAAGAUGAAGUUGCCGUUUACGUUUUGCAACAAGAAAGAAGAAAGUCUGUUGCUGUGGAUUGCAGAAAUUCAAACGUAUGUGAGUACCGCCCCGGUCGAGCCGGAGUCCCAAGUCGCGUUCACCACUUCUUGCAUGGGUGGUGAGGCCAAGCAAUGGGUGUUGGCCGAGGCCAAUGCUGCGGGUUUCGAAGACAUCGGUGAGUGGGCAAAGACUCUGACACUGAAACAGUUCUUGGCGAAAACCAGGGACCGUUUUCUCGACAAGACGACGACCGACAAGGCCUUUGACCAGUUGACGUCAAUUGGUCAAAAGCAUUGGACGUCAGUUGAGGCUUUGUCCCGCGAAGUUGACCGAUUGUUGCAGGUUCCCGGGUUGAACUUGCAGGACAGCCAAGUGUUGUACAUCUAUUCCCGCGCGUUGCCUGAGCCCAUCCGGGGACACUUAGUCACUGAAGCGAAAUCCGGUAAGUAUAACUACAAGCAAUUUCGUGACCUUGCCCUGCAGAGGGAACAGAUGACUUCUCAAGUCAAAAGUUCCUAUGCAGCGAUAGUUAAAUCUGGAGGAGGAGGAGGUAGACAAUACAAUGGGAAACGAGUUCUCUGGCGACAGAAGCGCCAAGACCACACCCUUGUCGUCUUUGACGACGACAUAGUGGAAAAGUGGCCGAACGAGGAGAAUGAUAACAACAGUGACUCCGGGAAGGGGGAAGUCACUGGUGUUGUGGCCAAUAAGGGAGGGCCACCCAGAACAGGAGGGAAGAAACAACGAGCGUUUCCAUGGCACCUGGGCAUUGCCGAUGGGAAGCCAUGGGUCGAAAUGGGUAUGACUAGAAAGACUUGGCAGGAGCGCAUGGACAAUGCGCAAUGUCUCAAGUGUGGCACACCGGGACAUGUGAUUGCCUACUGCCCUCAGAUUCGGAACCCAAAAGCGAACAGCCAGUAGGAGUAGCAUCUGCUCCUACUGAGAUUAAGGGUAAGAACAAACAGACAGGUAAGGC